AUGACAUACCAGUCCUAUCCUAGUAGCGCAUUCACCUCGACUCCCAGCCCGGUGGGAGCUUCGAAGCCCACUAGGCGGCACAUCGCAUGCUUCGCCCUCACCUCCGUUUCCCCUCUCGUUCCGCUAUUUCCGCUUUCGUCCCUCCCCCGAGCAGCGCCGACACCGAAAGGAUGGCGAAUAAUCUGCGUGGGCUUCGGUUACGGUAACCCUGCCGACCCGUGGGGCCCUACAGUGAAGAACUACCAUGCUGGAGCAGUACACCCAUUCGAUGUAGUCAUGUUCCGAUGGCUGUCGGGCCAGGUGCACAGCGUCUACAUAAUGGAGGACCCGGUCAAAUACGCCACGUGCAACGUCAAGGGCACCAAAGAGCUCUUCCGCCCGUCGGGUGCGGGGCACGUGUUUUGGAUCCCGCAGCCCAGCGACCUGGGGAGGACGUUUUACUUCGUCAGCAAGGGCAAGGAUUGUCUCAACGGCAUGAAGACCACUCUCAAGGUCACGUAG